AUGUCCAACCAAGGUGAGGAAGACGACUACGUCCAAAAUGAUAGCGCCAAGUGGGCCAAGAAUGCUUACGGGCAAAAGACUGGAAAGUUCUCAAAAGAAGAAAGUGAAACGGUUCGAAAGGCAGUCGAAGAAUUUUGCACCUUGAAGGAAAUCUCCGUGGCUCGAUUGUGCAGUGAGUGCGAUCACAAGGCCGAGCUCAAGGGCGCAUGGAUGGAAAUUGCCAAGCAACUUCCGCAUCGAUCUGUCCAGUCUGUUUACAGACACGGCUUGCGUCAGUUGCACCCAUUCAAGCGUGGUGCGUGGACGGAUGAAGAGUGUGAGCUAUUGGUCAAUUUAGUACAGCGUACAGGAAAGAAGUGGGCUUCGAUCCAACAGAAACUAAACCGAUCCGCAGAUAGCUGUCGCGACAAGUACCGAGAAAUGAACGAUGAUUACGUCCGUGGAAGAUGGAAGGAGAAUGAGACAGAAACCCUCAAGAAACUCAUUCGGGAUCAUCUCGAUGCCGAUCCUAAUGCAGAUAUCAAAAUGUUGGGCAAGAUGGUUGAAAACGAGGGCAUCAAGAUUCCUUGGUCCAUUAUUAGUAAGCGCAUGGGAAAGCGAUCUCGGUUGAGUUGUUUCAAGAAAUGGCAAAAAAUGACUGGUCUCUAUGCUGCCUCGGACCCGUACAAGAAGGCAAUUGCUGCCGACAAGCAACCCCAAGAUGUGGACGAUGUCAAGGCAGGGCAUGCCGCUGCAACCAAUGUGGCUGUUGCUGCUGCUGCCCAUUUGGCCGUCUUACCCAAUCCAGUGCCUCCUUCCCAUCAACAAACUACCGAUUAUGACACCUUUCUUCUAUCCGAAUUGGCACAACUCAAUGUGACACGAGCCUCCGAAAUCAACUGGGACCUCAUUCGACUGGAAGGUGCUGAAGAGCGUUGGAACGAGUUGGUGGAAGAGUGGCAAACGAGCAAUGUCAUUGAUGACUCCAUUCUAUCAAUGCCACUCUCGGAAAUUGCUCAGUUCAUGCUGGAGCGCAAGACACCUGCCCAACGAGCUGCCGAGACAGUAGAAGCCGUUGAUCUUCCACCUCCAGAGGCAUUGAGUACUCGGGAAGUGUAA